AUGCGCGAACCCCACGACUCCGCGGGUGACGCGCCUGCGGGUGACCCGCCUGCGUAUGACCCGCUUGCGGCUGACGCGCCUGCGGGUAACGCGCCUGCGCCUGACGCAUCUGUGGAUGACCCGCCUGCGAGUGACGUGAAUGCGAAUGACACGCCUGCGGGAGAUGAGCCUGCGGCUGACGCACCUGCGGCUGACGCACCUGCGGGUAACGCGCCUGCGGAUGACGCGCCUACGGGUGGCACGCCUGCGAGGGAUGCGCCUGUGGGUAACACGCCUGCUGAUGAUGAGUCUCCUGUGGGUGCCAGCGAUGUCUUUCCAGUGGCGGUCGAGGCGAACUCCUCGACGAAUCCGAAAAUGGACGCUACUUUGAAUGUCAUUGAUAACUUUUCUGCGAAAGCUGCUAAUAAAUCGGCAGCUAAUAUCCAUGAUGAUUCCUUAUUAAUUUCAAAUCACAGCAAUGCAUGCAAUAUUAGUGAUGCUGGCGCUGGAGGAGCGGGCGGUUCAAGGAGGUCUCUGGAGCCCCAAGAGGUAGGCGAGGACAGCGCGACGUCGGGCGUUGGGGCCGAAACUUUUGGUAUUUGUAUUGGUGCAAGUGAAACUAAUGGUUCCAUGGAUGUGAUGGAUGAAACUAACGAAUCCAGGGACGUAAUGAAUGAAUUUUCUGAAUCCAAACAUGGGAUGGGUGAAACUCCAGAAGCCAGGGAUGCGAUGGAUGAAAAUCCCGAAUCAUGUGAUGUAUUGGAUGAAACUCUCGGAUCCAGGGAUGAUGGUAGCACAGUUGCUGCUGGUAAAGUUAUCAAACAUGGUCAGCAUAUCACUGUUAUUCCCAAAGAUGGUAUUCAUGACGCGGUUGUCCCCAAAGAUUUUGUUCCUGACGUUGUUGUCCCCAAAGGUUUUGUUCCUGACGUUGUCCCCAAAGGUUUUGUUCCUGACGCUGUUGUUCCCAAAAGUUUUGUCCCUGACACUGUUGUCCCCAAAGGUUUUGUUCCCGACGCGGUUGUUCCCAAAGGUUUUGUUCCCGACGCGGUUGUUCCCGAAGAUUCUAUGCGCGACGUAAUUGUUAAUGAAGAAUUUGUUCCUGACGCUGUUGUUCCCAAAGAUGCUGUCCAAGAAGCAUUUGUUCCUCAAGUUGGCACAGUUAUCCCCAGGACAUCGGAUGGUUUUGUGGUCGCGACAGGCGAGUCGCUCGGGCCGGCUUAUGCCGAUGGUAUCGAGAGGUCCAAGUCUCGUCGAGAGGCCUUUCGGCCGCGUUUCUGUUCCGCCGGCUAA